UGGACCUGCAGGAUUCUCCGGACGCCAUGGACCUGAUCUUGUACCUGGCCGGCUCGCUUGUCCUGUUACUGCUGUGGAUCAGGGCGAAAGGCUUCGAGUACGUCAUCGUGCACCACCGAUGGGUGUUCGUCUGCCUCUUCUUGCUGCCCCUCUCCGUGGUUUUCGAUGUGUAUUAUUACGCCAGAGCCUGGCUGGUGUUCAAAAUGUGCAGCGCCCCCAAACAGCACGACCGGAGGGUGAAGGACAUUCAAGAGCAGGUGCGUCGCUGGAAGGCUGAAGGAGGUAAAAACUUCAUGUGUACUGGAAGGCCUGGCUGGCUCACCGUGUCCCUGCGUGUUGGGAAGUACAAGAACACACAUAAGAACAUAAUGAUCAAUCUGAUGGACAUCUUGGAGGUGGACACCAAGAGACAGAUUGUACGUGUAGAACCUUUGGUGAAUAUGGGUCAGGUGACAGCCCUUCUGAAUUCCAUUGGCUGGACUCUUCCAGUAGUACCAGAGCUGGAUGAUCUGACAGUCGGUGGUCUGAUUAUGGGAACAGGAGUCGAAUCGUCAUCCCAUAACUUUGGACUCUUCCAACAUAUCUGCUUGGCCUAUGAACUUGUCCUUGCUGAUGGGAGCCUCGUGCGGUGUACACCGACCGAAAACUCCGACCUCUUCUAUGCCGUCCCCUGGUCCUGUGGUACCCUGGGCUUUUUGGUUGCUGCAGAAAUAAAGAUUAUCCCGGUGAAGAAGUAUGUGAAGCUGCACUACAGCCCUGUGAGGGGCCUGGAGAAGAUCUGCGAGAGGUUUUCAACAGAGUCCAAGAAAAAAGACAACUAUUUUGUGGAAGGUCUGGUCUUCUCUGCCGACGAGGCUGUGAUAAUGACAGGCGUCCUGACGGAUGAGGCACAGCCAGACCAAAUCAAUAAAAUUGGAAAUUUUUGGAAACCUUGGUUUUUCAGUCACGUGGAAUCAUAUUUAAAAAAUAACCAAAGUGGAACUGAGUACAUCCCCUUACGCCACUACUAUCACAGACAUACCAAAAGUAUCUUCUGGGAGCUGCAGGACAUCAUUCCCUUUGGCAAUAACCCAGUGUUUCGUUAUCUCUUUGGCUGGAUGGUGCCGCCGAAAAUCUCCCUAUUAAAGCUCACCCAAGGGGAAACCAUCCGAAAACUGUAUGAGCAGCAUCACGUGGUGCAGGACAUGCUUGUCCCAAUGAAAUGUCUGCAGAAAGCCAUCAAUGCCUUCCACAAGGAGAUUAAUGUCUACCCACUUUGGCUUUGUCCAUUCAUUCUGCAAAGUCAUCCUGGCAUGGUACAUCCCAAGGGUAAUGAAGCAGAGCUGUAUGUAGAUAUUGGGGCAUAUGGGGAACCGAAGACAAAACAUUUUAAUGCCAAAUCUUCUAUGCGCCUGUUGGAGAAGUUUGUCAGAGAGGUUAAUGGUUUUCAGAUGCUUUAUGCAGACUGUUACAUGAGCCGUGAAGAAUUCUGGGAGAUGUUUGAUGGAUCCUUGUAUAAGAAGUUGAGACAGAAGCUAAACUGUGAGAACGCUUUUCCGGAGGUGUAUGAUAAAAUUAGCAAAGCUGCGCGCCACUGAGAGCAAGAGACAUUUAUUUUAAUUUUUUUUUACAAUAAAUCCGACUACGAGCCUUAGUCCUGCAAUCAGCUGGAGGAUCUUGCAUUUUCGGACAACCCUCUAACAUCUGCGCCUUGCCGUACAGCUUUAAAAUUAAAGCGCUGUCAUCCACACAUCUGCCUGCGGUCACCAGGGCACAAGUGAUACACCUGCCGGCUGUGGAUUUUUCUGUCGCCGAGUCUGUGCUCUUAAUGAAGGAAACUUAACAAGGAAAUUGCUGUAAACCGCCCAUGAAUCCAUGAUGACUACUUCUUGUCCGCUGCUUCCAUGAUCCACUGUUGUCCAUCCAAGACAACUAUGACCCAAGUUUUGUAGCUGAAUGUGAACCUUGGUCAUGAAGACGCAAUGUCUCUGAAAAUCUGAAGAGCUAUUUUGCUGAUAAAAGCCCAAAAAAAGGGGCAAUGUAUUUGUAUAUCUGGAAAAAAGUGCCAACCAUGAGGAUGCUUUUAAUAAAUGACUUUUUGUGCGUUUAAUUCCUUAUGUUGUAACUGAGUGCAACCAGUCUACGAGCUCCUUUUAUAAAACACAAAUCAGCUAUGUAUUGUA